GUCACAUUUCAGAGUUUCAUAUUCACUUACAUUUCUACGUAUAUUCUCGACAUUUACAAAGCUGUCCUUGUGUAUAAAACGUUAAUAAAUAAGUGAUAUUUAUAAAUAUAUUUAUACUCAUAAUAAGUGUAUGAAAAAAUAUUUGUCACAUCUUAUGUACAAAAAAGUAUACCCAACGUUAAAUUAAUUGAUGGUUAUUCGUUUUACUUGUGCAAUAAAUCGACAUCAGCAAAAAAUGAAGCUGUUACUAACACUUAUUUUCUGCUGGGCAAUCAUUUUAGUAUCUGGUGCCGAUCAGAUACCAACAAAACCAAUUGAAAAAAAUGCAAGUGAAAUUGAUGUUCCAAUAGAACCAACAAAUCCUAAUAAUGUAACUUCAACAACUUUACUACCUCCACAGCCAGAAACUACAACCAUUACAACAACUUCUACGACAAAAACUACAACUACAACUACAACUACAAUUACUACUCCAAAAACAACUACACCUGAUUCAAACACCACAACGUCUAUUCCAACAACUACACCUACUCCAACACCAGCACCUCCAACACCAAAGCCAGAAAUAGGUCAAUGGACGGUGAAUUCUACCAAUUAUACUUGUAUUGUCCUUCGUAUGGCAGCACAAUUCAACAUCACUUAUAUUACAAGUGAUAAUAAGACUAUGUCAAGACACAUGAUAUUGCCUUCAAGUAACGUCACUACUGCCUCGGGAAAUUGUGGAGAUCCAGAGCAAGUUAUUGAAAUAUCAUGGAACAGUUCCACAUCACCAAUGAAAAAUAAUGAUUCAUUGAUAUUCCAUUUUAUCAAAAAUAAAACUCAAUCUAUGUACUCUUUACAUCACAUUGAAGUUAAAAUAGCGGUAGAGGAAUUACCGAAAUUUAACUCCAGUUCUCCAUUGGUAUUGAUACAUAAUGCUAGUGAAUAUAAAAUACCAUUAAUUAACUCAUACAGGUGUUUGAAGUCUCAAAAAAUAUCUCUUUCGUCAACGGUGAAAAAUACAACGGGUAUUCUUGAUGUAUCCGAUCUUCAAUUCCAAGCCUUCAAAAAUGAAAAGAGUUCUGCAUUUAGUACAGCCGAAGAUUGCCCAUAUGAAACACCAGACUACGUCCCCAUCGCAGUUGGUUGUGGACUAAUUAUUUUAGUGGUAGUUGUUUUGGUGGCUUAUCUUGUUGGCCGAAGACGUAGUCAGGCACGUGGUUACCUUAGUAUGUAAGAAAAUACUAAUAAUGUUAAUUCGGUUUUUUUUUAAUUUUUAUUACAAUUAUAAUUAUUGUUUAAAUCCCUAUAAUUACAAGUUAAUUAUUGAUGAUUAUUCGAUGAUUUAUGAAAUUAUAAUUAUAUUAUCUAAUGAGUCUCU